AUGGUGUCCGCGCUGCGUUACCUGGGCACUGCCUGCGGAUGGGCCCGCGCAGGUUCCCCCAGGGGCAUCCCCGCGGCGUGCGGGCCCGCGCUGGGCAGGCCGCGGCCGCUGUGCCAGGGUGCCCGCAGUGCCAGCACUAGCUCAUUUGACGUAGUCGUUAUCGGUGGUGGAAUUGUGGGGCUUGCCUCUGCCAGAGCACUCAUCCUGCGACAUCCAGCACUUUCCAUUGGUGUCCUGGAAAAGGAGAAAGAAUUAGCUAUUCACCAGACUGGACAUAACAGUGGUGUCAUACAUAGUGGAAUUUAUUAUAAACCGGAAUCUCUAAAAGCUAAAUUAUGUGUACAGGGUGCAGCCCUCAUCUAUGAGUACUGUAACCAAAAGGGAAUUUCUUACAAGCAGUGUGGCAAGCUUAUAGUAGCUGUCGAACAAGAAGAAAUUCCCAGACUUCAGGCCCUUUAUGAGAGAGGCCUGCAGAAUGGUGUCCAGGGCCUGAGGCUGAUCCAGCAGGAGGAUAUAAAAAAGAAGGAGCCAUAUUGUAGGGGUCUAAUGGCUAUUGAUUGCCCAUAUACUGGCAUUGUGGACUAUCGUCGGGUGGCUUUGUCAUUUGCCCAGGAUUUUCAAGAUGCGGGUGGCUCUGUCUUGACCAAUUUUGAAGUAAAAGAUAUUGAAAUGGCUAGAGAAAGUCCUUCAAGAAGUGAAGAUGGGAUGAAAUAUCCAAUUGUUAUAAGGAAUACAAAGGGAGAGGAAGUUCAAUGUCAGUAUGUUGUGACAUGUGCAGGACUUUACUCAGACCGUAUUUCCGAGCUGAGUGGCUGCAGUCCCGAUCCUCAAAUUGUACCAUUCCGAGGGGAUUACCUGCUGUUGAAGCCAGAAAAAUGCUAUCUUGUGAAAGGAAAUAUUUAUCCGGUCCCGGAUAGCCGGUUUCCUUUCCUAGGAGUUCACUUCACACCAAGGAUGGACGGCAGUAUUUGGCUAGGGCCUAAUGCCGUUCUUGCCUUCAAACGAGAGGGCUACAGACCCUUUGACUUCAGUGCCCGAGAUAUUGCGGAUGUAAUUACCAAGAGUGGCUUGAUUAAACUGGUGUCCCAGAAUUUCUCCUAUGGAGUCAGUGAGAUGUAUAAAGCCUGUUUUCUCGGUGCAACAGUGAAGCACCUUCAGAAGUUUAUCCCUGAAAUUACUGUCCAUGAUAUACUUAGAGGUCCAGCUGGAGUAAGAGCCCAAGCUCUGGAUCAAGAUGGAAAUCUGGUAGACGAUUUUGUAUUUGAUGGAGGAGAUGGGGUUAUUGGAAAUCGCAUUCUUCACGUGAGAAAUGCACCUUCCCCUGCUGCUACUUCGUCCCUUGCAAUUUCUGGAAUGAUUGCAGAUGAAGUACAACAAAGAUUUAAACUGUAAAUAAUGAAAGGAGCUAGCUACACAUUUUAAUCUCCACAUUCAGCAACAUCCACAAGAACGUACUAAUUGAAUUCUUUAAUUUUUAAAAAAUGGUUUGAAAGUAGCAUUUUUAGUUAUCUCAUUUAAUAACCACUGAAUUGUUAAACUGAUAUAACAGAGAAAUAAUUUUUUAAAGUCCAUGUUCUUUUACUUAGAGAAUAAAGAGAAAAGGUACAGUUGUACCUUUUCCUGAAUCCUUGACUUUUCUUUUCUUUUUCUUUUUUUUUGUUAAUCCUCAUCUGAGGAUAUUUUUUCCAUUGCUUUUCAGAAAGUGGAAGGGAGGAGAGUGGCGGGGGAGAGGAGAGAGAGAGAGAAAGAGGAAGGAAACAUUGAUAUGACAGAGACACAUUGAUUAGUUGCCUCCCACAUUCAACCCCGACUGAGCCGGGGAUAGAACCUUAACCCAGGUACAUGCUCUUGACCAGGAAUUGAACCCACGACCCUUUGGUGUGUGGGCCAGUGCUCUAACCACUGAACGGUGCCAACCAGGACAUGACUCUUUUUUUUUUUUUUUUUUUUUUUAAAUAUAUUUUAUUGAUUUUUUACAGAGAGGAAGGGAGAGAAACAGAGAGUUAGAAACAUCGACGAGAGAGAAACAUCGACCAGCUGCCCCCUGCACACCCUCCACCGGGGAUGUGCCUGCAACCAAGGUACAUGCCCCUGGCCGGAAUCGAACCUAGGACCAUUCAGUCCGCAGGCUGAUGCUCUAUCCACUGAGCCAAACCGGUUAGGGCCAGGACAUGACUCUUAAUUGACCUUGCCCUCACCAACCAUAAUCUAGAGAUUCAGCUCUUUUGGAAUUUCUGCAAAUGAUGGCAUAAAAAUUUGCUUAUUCCCUUAAUUUUUUGGCUUUAUAGUAAGCUUUUUGGUCUCUUAUAGACAAGAAGAUAUAAUAUAUUGUAGGUUACAAAACUUUUGAUUUUUUUAAAAUAUAUUUUUAUUGAUUUCAGAGAGGAGGGAGAGGGAGAAAGAGAUACAAACAUCAAUGAUGAGAGAGAAUCAUUGAUCGACUGCCUCCUGCAUGCCCCCUAAUGGGGAUUGAGCCCACAACCUAGGCAUGUGUCCUUUGGUCCGCAGGCCAAUGCUGUAUCCACUGAGCCAAACGGGUUAGGGCCAGAUCUUUUCAUUUUAAAGUCAGAAAAACUCAGAUUUAGAGCAACAAUAUUUGUAUUUGGGAAUUCUUGAUUUAAAAUAGACAUGAAAUUUCACAUUUUAAAGUAGUUUGAGUAAAAUUCUAUCAAGCUAUAAUAUUUUCAGAGAAAUGCAAAGUCUUUUUUAUUCCCAGCUCUUUAUAACUGACUUGGUAUGGUGUCACCACUAAAUCUAAACAGCAGUACACUAUGAAUGGUUGUUGCCAACUUUUCAGUUUUUUCUGGUUGAGAAACUAAAAGAACAUAGAACUGAUAGGUUUUUAUGAGAGCAGUUUUAGAAUCCUGGCACUGAUAUACAGAACUCUGUAAUUUAAAAAUUAUUUACCUCUUACCUCUGCUCUUGAGUUACACCAAGGUUCUCAGACGUUGGCCAAGAUCACUAGUGAUUCAUGCCGACUUGGUUUUUCAGGGAUCCUAUUUCUUCAUUUUUAGAAAAUACCUAACUUAGAGGCAUUCACUUUUGUAAACCGCAAAAGUGCCUUACAUUUAUGUGUGCUUCAUGAGUAUUUUAAAUUGUUGGCCAGUGCCAUACUGUAUAUAAUAUACUGCAUAUAUGUGUGUGGUAUCUAUUGAAAGGAUUCUUGUAAAAGAAUCAGAAAGAUUCAGAAAGUUGGAAAACAGAAAUAUAAAUGAAAAUAAGGCAGCCUACUGAUUGGGGAAACUUUUGUUACAGAACAACCAUGUAGGUGAGAUAUUUUCACCCUUUCCCUUACAUGUACUCUCUCAGGAUUAAUCAUGCCCUCUUUUGUUUUGUUUUUUCCUCCUAUCACUCCAAAGAUGUGUAAUGGAUGAGUUAGAAGUAUGUACAUUUUGGUUGAUAGGAAAAGCUUUUUUGUUUUUUUUUCCUUUUCACUUCAAGCCUCUGUGAUUACAUUGAUUGAACUACCUCAUCCAUUAAUUUGAAAACCUACAUAACCGUCUGUUCAUGUUCAAGAAGUAACACAUCCAGGAAAAUAGACGAGGCAAUUAUUCAAAACUUGGAGUAAGCAUAUUGAAAGCAUUCAGAAACCAUUCACAGAAGAAACAAACCCUAGUGGUUCUUCGUAACUACGGAUUCCUCCAAGAAAUGUAGCACACAGGAUGUUUUUCUGUUCCAGAACGAGACUGUUAAGAAAUGGGAAAUAUUACAAUUCUCUAUUUCAACAACAGUAAGAUUGCAUAUGCACUAAGCUGUGAAAAACUGAAAUUACAAAAAUAACUGCCCUAAUUAAAGCAACCCUCAUUCCACAUGGGUCUGUACUAACCUGAAAAUACAAGUGAAAAAGUUAUUGAAAGUGUUUUGAAUGUGUAGGUUAUUCUGUUUGUAAAACAUAAGUUAUUGGUGUCAUUAGGAUUUUGUUGUGUAAUACAAAUGUAAUAUUUAAAAGUUUUGUGUAUUUCUGAGAGAAGAAAAUGUAUAUUAAUAUUAAAAAAUAUUUUAAUGAG